CCAGCGUUGCCAGUCCGUCAGUGCCAGCUGAUUUUUCGUUAGUUUUCAUUAUCAAACGCAAAAGCGAAAGAAAUGUCGAAAUUUCUGUCCCAAGCGGCCCUAAAUACGCUGCGAAACACGCGCCUGGGCUCACGGCAACUGGUGCGCAGUUUUGCGGGCAUCGCCUCCACGCGUAACCAUCGCGAGCCGGCUCUCCAGGAAGAGGGAUAUGGACAGGCUCGCGGACGCAGCCUUCUGCAGAUGCGGAUGCCGGUGGCGGGCAGGAGGAGCAUGUUCAUCCAGACGCAGGACACUCCGAAUCCGGACAGCUUGAAGUUCCUGCCCGGCGUGGACGUCCUGGGAAAGGGGAACACGUACGACUUCCCCAACGGAACCACCGCCCACAGCAGUCCUUUGGCCAAAUUGCUGUUCCGCGUGGAAGGCGUUAAGGGCGUGUUCUUCGGCGCCGACUUUGUCACCAUCUCGAAGCAGGAAGGCGCCGAGUGGAGCCUGAUCAAGCCAGAGGUGUUUGCCGUCAUUAUGGACUUUUUUGCCAGCGGCCUGCCCGUCCUUCACGAUGCCCAGCCCAAUGCGGACACCGAGAUCCUCGAGGACGACGACGAGACGGUGAUGAUGAUCAAGGAGCUGCUCGACACGCGCAUCCGGCCCACAGUCCAGGAGGACGGCGGCGACAUCGUUUUCAUGGGCUACGAGGCCGGCGUCGUCAAGCUAAAGAUGCAGGGCUCCUGCUCCUCCUGUCCCAGCUCCAUUGUGACGCUGAAGAACGGCGUGCAGAAUAUGCUUCAGUUCUACAUCCCAGAGGUGGAGUCCGUUGAGCAGGUCUUCGACGAGGCGGACAGGAUGGUCGACAGCGAGUUCGAGCGGUUCGAAAAGAACCUCAAGACGCUCAAGCAGCAGGAGCCCAGCGGCGGCGGUCCCCAUUAGAGGGAGUCAUUUUAGUUUCCCUGUUUACGUUGCUAAUUCUCUAGUGAAACCAAUAGUUGUAUACAUAACGUACAUGUAGUUGAUUGUUUAAAUAAAUCUACGGCUUUAAGCUUAACUGUUA